UGUCUUCUAACUGUGCCAAAAUUGCCACGUUCACUCACCGGUACUUUGUCCUGGUGAAGCUGAGGAUCGCCAAGAUGGUUCCCCUGUUUCUGGGUGGGUCAGCGAACAUCACCGUGGAGGACCACACAGGAAGCAUCUCCUACCUGAAGUUCUUCUCCAUAUAUCUGAUUUGGGCCAUCCUUCCACUUCUGCUUUUCAUGGCCUUGUCCACGUUGUUAAUUGCAUUCCUGUGGAAACACACUGAACAGAUGAGGCAGAUGCACCAUGGGUUUAAGGAUCCGAGGACGGAGGCGCACGUCGCGGCCAUCAAAUCCCUAAUCUCGUUCCUAAUAUUCCACGUCUGCAGCUUUGUAGCUGAC